UAAUGACAAAGGUUCACUUAAAUCAAAGCAUAUCAAAGAAGUAUGAGAGUUCAAUUAAUGGUUUAGCCUUUAAAUACUUGAGAUAAAAUUUGCACAAUAGAUUAAAAUCUUUGUUAAUCAACAGUGUUCGAAAUAGCAACAUCACAUAAAUUAUUAUCAAUUUUAACAUGCUUAUCAAUUGACAUAUCCACUCACAUAAUACCAAUAAUUUAUGUAUUGA